UAAUUGAAUGGCCGCCUCCAUGGAUUCGGAUGAAGAAGAUUCGUUUGUCUCUUUGGGCAAUGCUUUAGAACAAAUUAACGAAGAUGAGUCUAGAAAGAAGCUGGUGUUCGCCCAGGAACAGGCAGCCAAGGACAGCAGAGGGCGUCCUAGGUUCCAUGGAGCCUUUACAGGAGGGUUCUCUGCCGGACACUUCAACUCUGUGGGCUCCAAGGAGGGUUUCAGACCCUCAACAUUUGUGUCAUCCCGGAUCAAGAAUCCUGAGGAUGAGGACCACGCACAAAGGCCGGAGGACUUCAUGGAUGAAGAGGACUUUGGGGAAUAUGGUAUAGCCCCACGAAAGCUGGUGACUGCAGGGAAAUUUGGAUCACAAGAGAGGAGAAAACGACAGCUAGAUGAGGUCAAUGUGAUGACAUCUGGGACACUGUUCAGUGGAGAACCUGCCCUUACCGACCUUAUAACACCAGAAAGGUUGACUAUUGGUAUUCGACUUUUGAGAAAACUUGGAUGGAAGGAAGGUCAAGGACUAGGCCCUCGUGAGCGAAGACAGAAAAAACGGACAGUUCGCUCCAAACAUGUGUUCAGGAUUGCUAACAAGACAUAUGGCUGUGCUCCUCCUCUUGGUUCAUCUGCUGGUCAGGACAGUGGCUCUGGAGAAAGUGAAAAUGAAUUUCCAGAAGAUGUAACUUUUGCCCCAAAGGACACCACAUCCAUUUCCUUUGUUGCUAAGGACAAUGAACAUGGACUUGGUUACAGGGGCCUUGACCCCAGGGUGGCCUUGCCCUCAACCCAUAUUAAUCUAAGUGGGCCCCCAAGAACCUCCAAAACUGGUGGCAUGAGAGGACAUGCAUUUGGAGUGGGUGCCCUAGAGGAGGAGGAUGAGGACAUUUAUGCUACAGAUCAUUUAUCAAACUACGACAUCACCAUGGACAUAGACGAAGGCAAGGAAGAUCUGUUUGGCUGGACUGCACCAGGAAGGAGCAAGGGAGGUAAACAGACAACCCCUGUGGGUUACCUUGGGAAGGUUUUAGAAGGUUUCACACUGUCCACUAAAAAGUUGAAGGCAAAGAGAGGUUUUGGUCCUCCCAACAUUCCGAAGGACUUCAGACCGAUACACAAGUUCCAACAGACAUCACAGUCUAUCAAUGAACACCUUCGUCAGGCACCUCCAGCUUUACAGGGACAAAGUGACCGUCAGAAAACUAAGAUGGAUGCUGUGACUAGGGCACUGACGCUUGGCGAGUCACCACUUACUGGUUCAGUGUUUGACCUGAUUUCAACUAAGGAUAGAGCGAAGAUGGACACAAUGAAGUCCACCACUCAGUGUCCUGAUCGAGGGACGACUUCCACCUCCUCAGAUGUUGCACACCCUAAUCAAGGGCUUACCAAUAACCCUUCUUCAAUCAGUUUCCAAAGCCAUACAGGUCCACAGAAAAGUCCACAAAAUGACCCUGUAAGGUCAAGCCAGAACGAGGCAGGAUCAGCAGAAGGUUCACUUACGGACCCAGCAAGUUCACAUCAGCCAUUUCAAGGGGGAAAUAUUGGUUUUAAGCCUUUUGCCAGAGAUCUAGCUAAACAGGAACGCUAUGACAAGUAUCUUGCUAUAAAAAAACUAGGAAAACCAGAUGCUUACGAGGAGGUGACCAGUGGUCACAUGACUGAGUGGGACCGAGGUCGGGAGAAGGAAGAAUUUAUCCGUGCUUCAAAGCUGUAUAAACCUCUCCCAGGAAUGAUGGCUUCACGUUUCACAACUGCCAAGUACGAUGAUAGCACUGACACAGUGGAUGUUCCCAGGGAUGAAGGGAGAGAAAAGACUGACCAGAUGAAGGCUGCAGAGAUGAAGAUGUAUGGCCAGCUGACUCAUGAUGAGUUUGAAUGGCAUCCACACAAACUGUUGUCCUGGAGGUUUAACGUCCCUAACCCCUAUUCUGGGUCCUCCAUUGUGGGGUUGCCCACGGUGAAGCGGGACAAGUACUCUGUGUUUACAUUUCUGAACUUCUCAAAUGAAUCUGAGUCACCAACCUCACAGGACAUGAAGGCUUUGCCAGCCCCUCCUCCUCCUACUGAGCCACCCACAGGAUCCAAACCGGUGACCUUUGACAUCAAAAAUCGUUCCAAGAUGACUGCUCCUCUCAAAUCUAUCUUCAGUGACCUGGUGGACACACCAUCCACUUCACAGAAACCUGCCACACCAGAUAUACAGGACACACCAGAUACACAGGAAUCACCUACAAGUACCACACAAAAUAUAGAACAGACAGAGAAGCCAGCUUUGGACUUAUUUGGUGCCAUAUUUGGUAACACAGACUCCGAGGACAGCUCAGAGGAGGAGGAGGAAGAGGAGGAGGAGGAGGUGAAGCAGACCAAACCUUCACACAGUGAGCUUGCCUCCCCAAGUCUCCCUACCGUACCCAAGACAGAUAAAGUGUCGUCAAAACCUACAACACAUGUGGAAGACAGUGCUGAAAGUAUUGCUGAGAGUCCAGAGGAUAUAGAGCUACAAGAAAGACUGGCCCCACCCCAACAGGCCACUGCCAGGGAUGAGGAUGAGCAGUAUGGACCAGCACUACCUCCACCUGGUGCUCCUCGUCCCUCCAGUAUGUCCACUACCUCAGCAUAUGUGGAUCUGAACUUGACCUCAAGUCAUAAACACAGACAUAAAGAUAGACACAAAGACAGACACAAGGACAGACACAAACAUAAGAAAGAGAAAAAGGCUAAACAUAAGAAAGACAAGCACAAAGAAAAAAAGAAAAGUAAGAAACAGAGAUCAAGACAACGCAGCGAUUCCAGCCAUUCUGACUACGAUUCCAGUGAUAUGGAAGAUGAUCAAAAGCUGAUUCAGAAGUUGAAGGCUGUCAAGCAGAAAGGACUUCUCAGGAUGUCAGACAUUUCAUGACCACACCACUCAUGUCACCCAUUUCUCAUAACGUCUUCAAGUUGUUGUUUUUAAUAAAUAUACUGUUAAUACUUGUUAAA